AUGUGGCUGAUGCCGGAAGAGGCUGAAGCCUUCAGGGUGGAUCGCAUUUUCAAUGCCAAGCAGCAGCUUGUUCCGAAGAUUCGAAAGUAUUAUCAGAAGCUGGAGGGCCUCCGAGAUGACCUCCUACUCCAAGUGGAGUUGGCAGCCGGCAGCCGGGUGGAGUUCCGUGCUCGGCCUGCCGAGUGGUUCUCCGGCGUGGACAACAAGUUUGACGGGACAUUUCAGGUCGUGGGCCAAAUGGACGCGAAGUAUGGCUGCACGCCUUACAAGCUGGAGGGGGGCAGCAUCGCUUUGGUCGCCAGAGGGAUCUGCACCUUCGAGCAGAAGGCCCAGAUGGCAAAGGCAGCAGGUGCUAAGGCCAUCAUCGUCUAUGACGAGAAGAUGUCGAAGGCACCCCUGGAGCAGCAGAACAGGACGGGGCGAGUGGCUAGCAAGGGCAUCCAGUCCUACCAGGCCGGAGACGCCCUCAGCGGCGCUUCGAGUGCAGCUCUAGAGAAGGGUAUGACCCUCAUGAUGGGAGACCAGGGCAAGCCAGAUCUGGACGGCUGCAUGAUUACGCGAGCCAAUGGCACGGCGCUUGUGGAUUCCAUCAACAACGGCUUCCAGCCCAAAGUCCUGGACGUGAAGCGGUCCAGGUUUGAAGAUGGCAUCGACCGCUUCAUCAAGAAGGACCUUCCCAAGUUGAGUACGGCAAUGGAUGGCUAUAGCCUCAUCCAGCGCGUGUCCAAGACUGACCCCAACGAACCCAUCGUCAACCAGCUGAAGGCAGACCUGAAGGAGUUUGAAAAGGCUGUGCGGUCGAAAGACUAUGGGGAGAUACGAAAGACAUGGAAGAAGUGGAACUCUGACUUGGAUCCUGACAUUGGCGUUUGGGAUCUGGCUGAAGUCUUCUGA